GUUGGAGGGUGAUUUCAUCAGGACAGAUUCAAGACAAAGCGAAGUGACUUCCUAUUUGUUGUAUAUGUCCACGUAUCUUGGUUGGCUAUAGGAUCAAGAAAGAUGUCGGUUAAUGACGAUAUCGAUAACACAGACCUGUUUGAAUUAAUCUUUCGAGAUGAAGAACGGGGUACCCGCGACCUGUUUCUCUCAGAAGCGAACAGCCUGCUGGACGAUUUGCUUUCAGAGCAAGACAUGCUGAAUGGAAUGGAUACAGAGGACUUUCUGAGCACUCUGCUGGGUGAGGAAGAUGAUGGUCUCAACUGCCUGUCUCACUCUCCUCAUGGCAGUGACAGUGGGAUUUCAGAGGACACCACUCCCCCACACUGUCAAAGUCCAAAUGACGGCAGUGAGACAGAUACUGCACCCAGUCCAGGUUUCGAUCCCCUGUCUUAUCCCGAGUUUGUGACAGAGAGCUAUGAGGCACAGGUGGUGCAGACAGACCACUGCUACACCCUCCCACAGGACACAGAGACCCUGCUGAGCGUCCGAUCAGAGAAUCCGGACUCAGAUGUCUUUAUUGAUGUUGAUGAUUUGGAUGUUCAUAUGACAGAUGAUUUCUCAGAUGAGCUCCCCUGCUCACUCACAAUCGAAGAUUACACACAGAGCAGCAAAACAGACAACCAGUUCCAGUUUAAAGAUAUUGUUUUGACCGAUGAAGAGAAAAGACUUCUGGCCAAAGAAGGUGCUUCCAUUCCAGCCCAUAUGCCUCUUACAAAGGCAGAGGAACGAACCCUAAAAAGGGUGAGGAGGAAAAUCAGAAACAAGCAGUCUGCUCAAGAGAGUCGCAAGAAGAAGAAAGUUUAUGUUGACGGCCUGGAGAACAGGGUGGCGGUCUGCACUGCUCAAAACCAGGAAUUACAAAAGAAAGUUGAGAUGCUACAGAAGCAAAACAUGUCCCUUAUUGAACAGCUAAGAAAACUGCAGAGUAUUGUGACAAUGUCCACAAUGAAAAACACCACAACCAGCACUUGUAUUAUGGUUUUCCUGCUUUCUUUCUGUCUGAUUAUUUUUCCUUCAGUCAAUCCUUUUGGCAGCAGUGGACAGAAAGAUCUAUAUACGUCAUCUACAGGGAUGUCACGAGCCCUGCGAUCUUAUCCAGCCAUCCUGAAAGAGGACGUUGUAUCCACACCUGCCAAAGAAGGGCCAGAUCAGGAGCUCCUUCUGGUGGGCACCGUAGAGAGCAACCAGGUGCUGCUGUCAGGAAAUCAGAACCACACACCCGAUUACCAGCGGGUCGAGGAGUCCGAUUCAGAGUCUGGUGUCAACAGCAACUCAUCUGCCGACUUCCCCACCCCUGGCCAAUCAGAUCUCAAAUCAGACGGAGCGCUCUCAGAAUCCCACAGGAACUCGGCAGCAUCCUCGGUUAUCUACGACAGCCAGAGUAAGACCAAGGAGCCCUGGAUAGAGCAGAAACCCACUUCAGUUAUAAUACAGCAACAUCGCUCGGAUGAAAUGUAGGAACACAGCGGAGCGUUUUAUCUAAAACACUUGUUUUGUUGUUUUAGAAUAGAUUUACAUUUAUACAUUUGGCAGAUGCUUUUAUCCGAAGCGACUUACAUUGCAUUAUACUAUACAUUUGUAUAAAUCCUGCAUCAAAAGCAUUUCUCUUCCUUAUAACAAUCUACUGAUAUGCUUUUGUAGCACUUUCUUCAUACCCAACCAAUUGUAAGAAUGGUGUUGUUUUGUUUCCGUCUGCACACAUUAUGACUCUCUUUCAGUGGAAAUGUGAAGGAGUCUGAUUGUCUUGAACUCUGCAUUGCGUCCACAUUGAGUAGUACAUUCAGGAAAUGUAUUCAUGUGUAAAUAUGACUAAGCCAUUAUAAGCAAAUGGGUAUUGUGUAGAAUAUUAUUUCCCCUCGUAGUUAGGGAGGCAAAUGCUUAAAGAGAUUCUACUACUGAAUAUAGAUCAG